AUGUUAACGGCCAUUGGAAGCCAGCUUUCUAUCACUGAUAUCAAGAUAAAAAGUAAAAAGAAGAAAAAACACAAAAAAAAUGAAAUAUCAUCGACGUCGUCGUCUUCGGACCAAACUGUCACUAAUGUAUCAGUUAAAACAACAGGAGAAUCAGACAGAAUACAGUCAGUGAAAUCUAAAAACUUAGAGACUUUACAAAAGAGUGUGUCAUUUCACGAGUUUGCGGUACCUAGCAAAGACGAAGAGGAAAAGACAACAACAAAAAAGACUCUGGUACCCAGCAAAGACGAGAAGGAAAAGAUUGCGGUACGUAACAAAGACGAGAGGGAAAAGUCUACGUCUGAAAAAUAUGAGUCACGUGGCAAAGAAGAGGGGAAAAAGGAAUUAGAAAAGGUUAUAAAGAAGACUGGAGACAAAACACUUAUUAGAGAAUCUUCAUCAGAGACAACUGAGUCACUCUCUUCCAAUGACUUAACUAGCGAAGGGAAAGAAAAAGACGAUCGUGGUGGUGGUAGCAGUACCGACUAUCAACAGGAGAAAAUAAUUGUAGUGGAAUCUUCAGAAUCAGCUCAAGAAUUUGGCAUCGAAAAAAUGGAUCAAAAAGGUCGUGAAGCUGAUGGUGCUCCUAAAUCAGUUGUUACACUUGAACAAUUUUAUAAAUUAGUUGCACGCGUCGAGAAACUUCAACGAACGUAUAAUAUAAAAAAUUAUGAUCUUGUUCAACAAAUGUUGGGAUUACAGAAGAAACUUUCGAUGACUGAUCCCAUGGCCUUAAUACAACUCUCAGCUCGUCUCGAACAGGCUGAAAGAAAUCUGGAGAAUAUGACGACACUGCUCAUAGAGCUAGCUAACAGAACACCAAGUGAAUUAAAGGCUGUUAAGUCUGUAGAGACGUCAGUGAUGCCAAGUAUUUCGCCUGAAACAAUUCCACCAGCUCCUGUACCUCUACCGUCUUUAGCAACUCCUCAACCUCCUCCACCUCCACCAUCUACUCCACCUCCAGCAUCUACUUCACCACGACAGAAGUUAUUCACACCUUCUCUGAACGAAAACGCGAAGGAGGCAAAGAAUUUAUCCAGAGACUCACUAUCAUUUCAAAGUUCAAUGGCAAUAUACCGUGAAUCCACUGACUUCGACCUACAAAACAUAGCUACAACUAGCGUUGAUGAUGUUCCCAACCUAAAAAGAGAAAAAGGCAAAGUUAUGAAGGAUAGUGAUUUCAUUGAUAUGGACAAUUUACUGGGUGAACUGCAAGAAUUUUAUGAUGAUAUGUUCAUGGAAACAGACCCAAAGAUGAGAAAAAUUUCAAAAAUAGCUAAUGCUAUAAAAAUUCUUGCAAAACAAAUGAGUCAGGAAAUCAGUGAUAUAUUAGAAAUGGAAGUUAUAGUUGAUGGAUUAGAAGACAUCGUUUCUUUGUUUGCUGAAAAAGUUAAUAAUAUGGACUCUGAAUUUUCGUCACUUAUGACCGGAUUCCAAGAAAAUUUGAGCUCAAUGCAGUACGACCUAGAAGUGGCUCUGGAUAAUUUGGCCGAAAGUCUUUCCAACCAAACAGGCGACCCGGAGGCUGUGGCGGACAUGAAUAGCAAAUUGUCCAUACUAGCCAUGGAUUUAAACAGAACUCUACGCCUACAAAAGGAACUUAGUGCUGCUCAAAAACAGUUAGGAGCUGAUCUCAAUUCGAUCUGGUUGCAACUGAAAGUUCUGAAUCAAACAAAAUGCAAUCGCGACGAAGUCACGGAAAAGCUCAAAGAGAAAGCUGGUAUAGAAGAAUUGAAUGGCAUUAUGACUGUAACGCACUUGGAAGCAGUGCGUGGCGAUUUCCAAAAACGUAUCAUCCAGGCGUACGAUAAGUUCAAUGCCACAGAAACAAUUUGGCAGAAAGUGAUUGACGACCUUAUAAGAAUACUAAAUUUUAAAUCUGAUGUGAAACAAACGGAUUUCGUGACAGCAGAUAUUAAAUUUAAUGUAGAUAUGCUGCAGCGGCGAAUAGAUUACUUUAUGGAAAUAGCUGGUCCUGAACAAAAAUACAAUGAGCACAGGGAAAUACUUCGCAACCAAACCUGCAUAUCUUGCCAUUUACCCGCAAGAGAUAUCUUGAGCAUGCCUGAAUUAAAAGCUCUGCCUCCCGUAAAAACCACACCAGACAAAAUUGGAUUUAAAAAAGGAGACGCUGACAAUACAGGGCUGCGUGAUGAUGAAAUCGUUUGCUAUCCUAACGCACCGAUACGUCAUCCCAUUGAUCCGAGAGGAAAGAUUUGUUCCAAAAUUUGCGGAGGAAAAUUGCCGAAACACCCUGACCUUUCACUGAGUCUAUCUCCAUCGAAAAUGAUGAUAUUUGGCACUCGAUUAGACAAGGAGGAAAUUCCAGCGCAAGUAUUCAAAAAGCCUUGCAUUCCUUGCAAACCACCACCGUCACUUUUUAUUAUUAAAGAACUAGUUCAACAUAAGUGUAUUAAAGGUUGUCAACCUAGUCGCGAGACGUGCGACUGCGGUUUGCAUCAGACGACCGGUGACAAUAUCCAGAGUGACCCAAAAAACGAUUGCCAAAAAGCAUUAUAAUAGUGGUGUAUUUGGAUUGCAACAGCAAAUGCUUAUGUAGUGGCCGUACUUUUUUAAUAAUUCGUAUAUAUGAAAAUUAAAAUGAGAGCAAAUUGCUUUUACUACCCAAAUACUUGCAUGCAUAUGUAAGAUAUAAGCCUAAAUUUCUUACACAUCUUUCGAGUGGAAUUAAUUUGUAACAAAAGCUUAUAUACGUAAUAUGAAUUGAUACCUUAUAUACAUAAUUGAAUCUAUGCAAUAAUUUUGACAUGCAAUUAUUAGUGUUUU